GAGGCCAGGUGAGCCGCACCGCGCCUGCGCCGCGCCUCAGGUCGGCCGCGGCCUCCAUCCGGGUACCGCGCGGCCCGGCAGGGCGGGGGGGUUUCAUUGUGCGUGCGGCUGCCGCGCUCAGUCGCUCUAAGAUGGCCGCCGCCGCCUCGUCUCCUGCCGCCGCGGGGGCUCCCGGGGCGCCCACCGCUCCGGCGGCCGCGGCGCCGCCUCCCACCGAGAGCAAGAAGAUCAGCGACCUGCGCGUCAUCGACCUCAAGUCGGAGCUGAAGCGGCGCAACCUGGACGUCACCGGCGUGAAGACCGUGCUCAUCUCCCGGCUCAAGCAGGCUAUCGAAGAGGAGGGAGGUGAUCCGGAUAACAUUGAAAUAACUGUUUCUGCUGACACGCCCACCAAGAAGCCAGCUAAAGGCAAAGGUAAAAAGCAGGAAGCUGAUGAAUCAACUGGUGAUGCUUCAGUUGAAGAUGAUUCCUUUGUCAAGGUAAUAAAAGAAAGUGAAUUGGAGACUCAAGAUACAAGCGAUCAAGAUGGAAAUGAUGAACUGAAGGACUUUAAAGAAUCUGUUGAAGAUGAGAACUUGAAUUCUAAAGAACUCCCAUCUGCAGAAAAGAAAAAAUACCUCAACGUGGAGCCAGCAGAGACAACAGAAGAUGUAGAAAAGGAUUCUGAAAAUCAGGAAAAUGAAGGUCAAGACAUGGAGGAUUACCCUUUUCCAAGUGUCCAUGAUGGUGAAGAUGAGGAAAAUGAGAAAGAUAAAGCAGGUUCUGGUGAUGGUACACAAGAAGUAUCUAAACCUCUUCCUUCAGAAGAAAGCCUAGCUGAGGCUGAUCACACGGCUCAUGAAGAGAUGGAAGCUAACACGUCUGUGAAAGAAGCUGAGGAUGAUAACAUAUCGGUUACAAUCCAGGCUGAAGAUGCCAUCACUCUGGAUUUUGAUGGUGAUGACCUCCUAGAAACAGGUAAAAAUGUGAAAAUUACAGAUUCUGAAGCAAGUAAGCCAAAGGAUGGGCAGGAUGCCAUUUCACAGAGCCUGGAGAAGGAAAGCAAGGACUAUGAGAUGACUGAGAACCAUAAAGAUGGUAAGAAGGAAGACUGCGUGAAGGGUGAUCCUGUCAAGAAGGAAGCCAGAGAAGGUUCAAAGAAAGCAGAAUCUGGAGACAAAGAAAAGGAUACUUUGAAGAAAGGUCCCUCGUCUACUGGGGCCUCUGGUCAAGCAAAGAGCUCUACUAAGGAAUCUAAAGAAAGCAAGACAACAUCAAAGGAUGAUAAAGGAAGUGGAAGCAGUGCUAGUGGUAGCAGUGGAAGUUCAACUAGAAACCUGUGGGUUAGCGGACUCUCUUCCAACACAAAAGCUGCUGACUUGAAAAAUCUCUUUGGAAAAUAUGGAAAGGUACUUGGUGCAAAGGUGGUCACAAAUGCACGAAGUCCAGGGGCAAAAUGUUACGGCAUAGUAACCAUGUCUUCUAGUACAGAAGUGGCCAGAUGUAUCGCCCACCUUCAUCGGACAGAGCUGCAUGGACAACAAAUUUCUGUUGAGAAAGUAAAAGGCGAUCCCUCCAAAAAGGAGCUGAAGAAGGAAAGCGAUGAGAAAUCUAGCUCAAGUAGAAGCACAGGAGAUAAGAAAACUGCAUCAAGUGAUAAAACCAGCAAAACACCAUCAACCAAAAAAGAAGAGAAGAAAUCUGAGAAAUCUGAAAAAAAAGAAAGUAAAGAAGCCAAGAAAACAGAAGGUAAAGAUGAGAAGAGUGAUAAUGGAGCAAGUGGCCCUAAUCAAGAAUCCACUAAAAAAUCUGAAGAAAAGAAAAGAAUAAGUGGUAAAAGCCCAGGUCACGUUGUAGUUCUUGACCAAACAAAAGGAGACCAAGGCCACUCUAGGACAGUGAGAAGGGGAAGGUUUGAGAAACCGCAGAUAUUGAGGAACAAAGAGCGUAUUAUUCAAGAUAAAGUGAAAUUCAGGGAAUACAGGGGUAGAAAAGAUAUCUUGCCUUUUGAAAAGAUGAAGGAACAGAGAUUGCGAGAACACAUGGUUCGAUUGGAAAGAAUACGACGAGCUGUUGAACUCCGAAGGAGAAGAGAAAUUGCUGAGAGGGAACGUCGAGAGAGAGAACGUAUCCGAAUAAUGCACGAACGAGAAGAAUGCUUGCAGAGAGAAAGGGAACGAUUAGAAAUUGAAAGGCAAAAGCUAGAGAGGGAAAGGAUGGAACGAGAACGUUUGGAAAGAGAGCGUGUUCGUAUUGAACAGGAACGUCGAAAAGAAGCAGAGCGUAUUGCUCGUGAAAGGGAGGAGCUUCGUCGACAACAACAACAACUUCGCUACGAACAGGAAAAGAGGAACGCUUUGAAACGUCCACGUGAUGUAGAUCACAGGAGAGAUGAUCCUUACUGGAAUGAGAGUAAGAAGAUGGCUCUUGAUACAGAUGCACGUUUUAGUCACAGUUCAGAUUACAGCCGCCAACCAAACAGAUUUAAUGAUUUCGAUCACAGAGAACGGGGGCGAUACCCAGAAGGUUCUGUUCCAUCGUCAUCUUUUGAUAGGCGAGAACGAUUUGUAAAUCAAGGUGAAGCAAAAAAGACUCGCCCAACAGCACGAAGAGAAGAACCAGGGUUUGAGAGAUACCCAAAGAAUUUCAGUGACUCCCGAAGAAAUGAGCCACCACCACCAAGAGGUGAACUUCGAGAUACAGACAGACGGGAAGUGCGGGGAGACAGAGAUGAAAGAAGAACAGUGAUAAUUCAUGACAGACCUGAAAUACCACACGGUCGACAUCCAAGAGAGACUGGUUCAAAUCCACCUAGGCAAACAAAUUGGAAGAACGAGGGAAGCAUAAGCACAGACAAACGUGAUGGCAGCAACUUUUACAGAGGUGAGAGGCCAGAUCGAUCAGGAAGAGAAGUGUCUGGACAUGUAAGAGGUGCACCUCCUGGGAGCCGGAGCAGUGCUUCUGGGUAUGGAAGCAGGGAAGGAGAACGAGGAGUGAUGGGAGAGCGAGGUGGUGGAGGACAACACUACAAUGAAGACAGACAUGUUGUUGAACGGCACAGUCGUGAAACUGGACCAAGGAAAGAAUGGCAUGGACCUAGUUCUCAAGGAAGUGGGUAUCAUGAUGCAAGGAGAAUGGGAGAUGGCCGUGGAGGAAGUGGCAUGAUGUCUCCACACACGAGUAACUCGUCACCAAUAAAUAGAGUUGUACAGAUCACAGGGAAUUCCAUGCAGAGGGGAAGUGGCUCAGGAUUUAAGCCAUUUAAAGGUGGACCUCCACGAAGAUUCUAAGAUCUACAGCUGCUUGGUUUCAAGAUAACUUAUUGAAAUUUCUUGUAAACUUUCUCUGAUUAAAAACAGGAAAUCUUGUCCAGAACUCCUGAUUAAAUUUUUUUAAUUUAACAUGCUUAUUUUCCUCUCAAUUUUGGAGGCAUUUUAAUAGUUACGUUGUAAUUUUGGAUAGUUUUUGUGUAUCUUUGAUAAGCAUUUUCCCUGAGGCACUAGAGCUGUAUAAAGACAAAUUGGAACCAAAAUAUUUGUUAAUCUUGUAUAAAAGAAUGGGUUGCAGCUGUGUGCUAGUUUGAUUUACCAGCAUUAGCUCUGUGGUGUCAUGCUUUAAAGUUGGCUACUUCUCACAACAUACACAGCUAUAACCUCCGUUUUGAAGGUUGUCCAGGCUAUUCUCUCUGCUUUCUAAUUUGUAGAGAAAUAAGAUUGUUCUUUCAUUACUGGGUAUUAUGUAACCUAUUUUUGCAGAAGGUACUGUUACAUUGAGUGCAUUUAUGUGUAUUCUUGCAAAUGUAUUCUUUUGAAAUAAACCUUCAUAUUCUGUAUAGCUUCUAUUAAGUCUUUGAAACCAGUCUUGGGGGAAAGAAGAAAUAAUGAAACUGACAAGUUGGCAUGGCAAGUCAAAAACAAUAUUGACAAGCCCUUCUGAAGAACAUGAAUAUUUAAAGCUCAUUCAGUAUUUAUACAACUGAACACUGGAUCUUGUAAAGAAAAAAAAGUGUCUUUAAAGUAAAAUUCAAAUAAGGGCUGAAAGCAGUUACUGGUUCAGACUGCCGUAAAAAAUGUAUCAAGUUUAAGGCAAGGGCUAGUAAGAACGCCCUGAUCUUUGCCAUGCUCAGUUACUCAUUUGGGGUGUGCAGGGACUGUUAAGUAUCUGGAAUGUUCCAGAAAACUGAAAUAAAGUGAGUUAAAUUGUUUUCCUGUAAAUAACCUUUCAGGAAAGGUGGGAGGGAACUGACUGGUACAACAGUUUCUAUAGUUUAUCUUUUAUAAAUAUUCCUUACGUUUAAAUAAAAAAUGCUAUAUUAGCAAGUGUUGGGAUAUUUAUCUGAAAAGUAAUUUAAUACAUCUUUCUCAGUUCUUACUACUAUUGGAUUUAAGAUUUUUUUCCAGUAGAUCAUAAGUACAAGUUACUAAGCUAAAGAGUAUUUGAAAAUUAUGCAAUUUGACUGUAAUACGUGCUUCAGAAGUGACAACACAAAAUAUGUAGCUACUGGAGGAUGAGUUUGCAGUCACUGAUGGAUGGAAUAAGAAAUAUGAAAGUUAAAGGCAAAGCCAAGUGAGCAGCACAGAAAUAAAACUAGAGAGGUUACUCUUCAUCUUGCCUACAGUAGAAAAGACUAGAUAUGCACUGUAGCCUCUCCAGGCAUAAUGUUUCUUAAUGUUAUUUUGCUUAUUUAUAAAAAACUGCAUAUGUAGAUAUGUUAACUGAAACUAAAUGAAAAGUUAACUAAAAACAAAUGGCCUCAAACUUUGACUUUGAAAGUACUUUGGU